AUGAAGACUUCCUUGUGUUUUUCAUUGCUCAUUUCCAUCAGCUUAAUUCAUGUUUCAGCAACAGGAUUCACAUCUUCUGAUGUUCGAACUUACAUUAUUCACAUGGACAAUACCAAAAUACCAGCACCAUUUCAAUCCCAUCACAACUGGUAUGUUUCGACCCUUUCUUCCCUUACAUCACCAGAAGGUAUCCUUCCAAUCCAUCUCUACACUUACAACCAUAUAAUCAACGGGUUCAGCGCAGCCCUGACACCGUCCCACCUCAAACAGCUUGAGAAAAUCCCUGGUCAUGUCAUCACAUAUGAAGAAACAUCUGGCCACCUUCACACCACUCGGACGCCACAGUUUCUAGGACUCAACGAAAAAACAGGUUCGUGGCCUGAGUCUAACUAUGGUGAUGACAUGAUCAUUGGCAUUGUAGAUACAGGGAUAUGGCCCGAAAGUGCGAGCUUCAAUGACGAUGGAAUGCCUCCUGUUCCAAGCCAAUGGCGUGGCGAGUGUGAGACAGGAGUUGCAUUCAACUCUUCCAACUGCAACAAGAAACUGAUUGGAGCCCGUAAAUUCAGCAAAGGGGCGUCGUUUAAUUCAACAAGUGACGAUGACUAUGAUUCGCCGAGGGAUUUCGAAGGCCAUGGAACACAUACAUCAUCCACUGCAGCUGGUAGUAAAGUACCAUUUGCUAAUCAUUUUGGUUAUGCAAAUGGAACAGCAACAGGAAUGGCGUCCAGGGCGAGACUCGCCAUGUACAAAGUCCUGUUUACUACUCAAAACUUCAAUGCAGAAGCCUCAGAUGUUUUAGCCGGCAUCGAUCAAGCCAUUGAAGACGGGGUUGAUCUUUUGUCAUUGUCAUUGGGAUUCUUCACAACUCCAUUUUACGAUGAUCCAAUCGCCGUGGGAGCUUUUGCAGCGAUCGAGAAAGGGAUUUUCGUUUCUUGUUCAGCCGGAAACAGAGGCCCUCAUGCCUACACUAUUCUAAAUGGGGCGCCCUGGAUCAUGACAGUGGGUGCUGGAACCAUAGACCGGAAUUUAUCCGCCCGUGUCAGUCUUGGUGAUGGCAAAAUUCAGGUCUUUGGAAGAUCGAUGUACCCGGAAAAUCUCUUAGUAGACAGAGUCCCUAUUUACUUUGGACAUGGUAAUCGAAGCAAGGAAAUCUGUGACUUUCACACCCUGGAUCCGAAUGAUGUAAAGGGAAAAUAUGUCUUUUGCGACUUUGAUGAACAGGUUACAGUAUUUCAACAAGUGAAUGAAGUGUUUGACGCCGGAGCUGCUGGAGCAAUUUUCAGUUCUGAUUUGGGACCAUUUAUGGAAUUACGCGACUUCAGCGUGCCAUUCGUGGUGAUAAACCCGUGGGACGGAGAAUCAGUGAAGAAACACAUCAUACAAUCUGGAAAAACCACGACAGUGAGUGUCAAAUUCCAGGUGACAUUGUUGGGAACAAAACCAGCUCCUCAGGUGGCUGAUUUUUCAUCAAGAGGCCCUGUUUUGCAUGCGCCAUGGACACUAAAACCCGAUAUCCUGGCGCCCGGCGUGGACAUUUUAGCUGCUUGGGCACCAAACAGGCCCAGUGCAACAAUUGGAGAUGAUUAUCUCCUCACGGAUUACAUCCUUGUUUCAGGCACAUCAAUGGCUUCACCUCAUAUAAUAGGCAUAGCCGCAUUGCUGAAAUCCGUCCACAAAGACUGGAGUCCGGCCAUGAUCCGUUCAGCCAUGAUGACCACUGCUGAUAUUCUCGACAAUACAAAUAACCCGAUUCGUGAUAUCAUCACCCAAGUUGCUGGUACGCCCCUGGAUUAUGGCGCCGGACAUGUUAACCCGAACAAGGCCAUGGACCCUGGACUUGUGUAUGACAUACAAGUUCAAGACUACAUCAAUUACAUGUGUGCAUUGAAUUACACCACUGAACAGCUCUAUACGGUUACCAGAAGGUCUAACAUUUCGUGCGAGAACGCGAACCUGGAUCUCAAUUAUCCUUCCUUUAUUGUCAUACUGAAUAAUACAAAUACCACUAGUUAUACAUUCAGAAGGGUUUUGACUAAUGUGGUCGAUGGAAGUUCCUCGUAUCAUGCCGUGGUUGAAUCUCCCGAGGGAAUGAAGGUGUCUGUGCAACCAUCAAGGAUUCAGUUUGCAGGAAAGUUUAGUACUUCUGAGUUCAACUUAACAGUGGAGAUUGAUUUGGGGGACAAUCCAAAGAGUGAUUACAUUGGGAACUAUGGAUUUUUGAGUUGGUACGAGGACAAUGGGUCACAUGCAGUUAGAAGUCCCAUAGUAUCUGCUAUUGGAGCUUGAGGCCAUUAAACCACUAGAGAAAUUCAUGCUGCC